AUGGCUUUAGACCAGGAAGCAGCAAUACAAUCCGUCAAGGUUUUGAAAAAACCUUUCAUCCUAUUUGAUGAACUUUUCACACCAUUGCACUAUGAACAACAACCCUCACAACAUUUGGAUGUGCAUCCAGUCCUUCAAGGAACAGGACUUCGGAUUUUCCUUAAGGACGUAACACUGCCACCUAUCCCAAGCAUUCAAUAUUACACUGAUGGAUCUAAAAUAGAUCAACAGACAGGCUGUGCCCUUGUAGCCUUUCAUAAUGGUCAGUCAAUUUAUCAGUGGCUGGGUCAUCUCCAUGGAAAUAAUAGUGUAUUUCAAGCGGAGGCCCUAGCCAUCCUCAAAGCAGUUCAACACUGUAAAACAAGUGGUGCUAUGGAGGCAAUAAUUAUCACUGAUAGUCUUUCGUCGCUUCAAGCGAUUCAAAACCCCAGACAUUCUUCUUCGCUUAUCUCGGACAUCCAAUGUGAACUUCGUAAUCAAGUGGGAAAUAACAUCACGCUAGCUUGGACUAAGGGCCAUGCUGGGGAUCACGGUAAUACUUUGGCAGAUAAGUUAGCCAAAUCAGCUGCCGAAAAUACCGAUGCCGAGGCUGAAGAAGUGAUUCUUAAGUGGCCAACAUCUCACUUAAAACGAGCUCUUCUUUUAAAAGUUAUAUCCCAAUGGCAACUAGAAUGGGAUACUGAUGAAACCGGUCGACGAACGUACAAUCAUAUUACGUAUGUGGAUCAAUGUCGUCAGAUAACAAAUCAUCAACUAGUAAGAUAUAUCUCGGGGCAUGGUCCAUUUCCAAGCUACUUUUACAAGCAUGGAAUUGCAAAUAGUGAAUAUUGUGUCUGCGGAACUCUAGGCAUACCUGAACAUUAUAUUACUACAUGCCCGUUAACGGAGGAAUUUCACAUUCCUUUCCCUGUGGAUAAUCAACUAGCAUUUAGUCUUUAG